UAUAUAGAUGUAGAAUUUUGUACAUGUAAAAUAGGUGCAAUAUCAGAUGUAAUAAUCUUCUGACGCUGUCCGUUACCUACAGUGCUGAAGCCGUUAGUUUCGCAUAUCAUUCCAUUAUGUAAUUUUUGACAGAGUUUUACUUUAACAACACUCUGUUUUUAAUAAAAUAACAUGAGAGGGAAACGUAAACGAGGCUCACAAAAGUGGUCUAGUCGAGUUAGUUUGAGGACAAACUGUUAGUUUUUCUCACCGGCUCGCUCCAGUCAGAGACAGCGUGGUGUUGCAUUUCCCCCGCUUCAGUCACUGCUACUCAAAUUCUUCAACUCUCGUUAGGCAAUAUCCUUACGCCCGCAGAGCUGCUAAAUGUUACAUUACGUCGUGGGCGUAGAAGAAGUUAUUUCUUUUAAGUAAAACGCCGAGGUUCCCCGGAGGAGGACUUUGCGUCGAUAACCGUCAUCUUCAUACGUGGUAAACAAAGCUGUACUUUUAUACUUUUGUGCUCCCGAAAUGAUAAAACUCAAGUCCAACCAAACCCGGACGUACGACGGGGAUGGCUACAAGAAGCGGGCAGCCUGUCUGUGCUUCAGGAGUGAGUCGGAGGAGGAGGUGCUGUUAGUGAGCAGCAGUCGAUAUCCUGAUAAGUGGAUUGUUCCUGGAGGGGGAAUGGAGCCUGAAGAAGAGCCUAACGUUGCUGCAGCUCGAGAAGUGUGUGAAGAGGCCGGUGUGACGGGAAUCUUAGGUCGCUUAGUUGGAAUAUUUGAGAACAAGGAGAGGAAACACAGAACCUACGUGUAUGUUCUAAUUGUAACAGAAGUACUGGAGGACUGGGAAGACUCGGUCAACAUUGGGAGGAAAAGGGAAUGGUUUAAAAUAGACGAUGCCAUACGAGUGUUGCAGUGUCACAAGCCCGUGCAGGCCACCUACUUCGAGGCUCUCCAGGAGAGUUGCCUGACCAGUAAUGGAACGCCACUGGUGACCACGAUAGGCGAGGAUCUCUCACCAACCUACAGCAUCAAUCAGAGCUCUGGUUCGGGUAUCAGAUAACUAGAACCACAACUCUGAUUUCCCCCUGGAGCUUUUUCCACCACUUGCGCUCUUACUUGUGUCACUUCUUUCUCUUCUCCUCUCUUCUAUUUUUUUUUUUUUUUUCAGUAACAUGGUUUGCCUUGCCAACUCCUUUGUGCCAGAAUUGUGGCACAGACUUGAUGACAAGUGUUGGGUGAAUAGACUGAAACACUUUGUAAAUGUAAUUUUUGAUCCCUAUUUUUUCCCUUUUUACAGAAAAUGCAUGAAGUAUCCCCUCAUUCCCUGUCCUGAUGCACCCUUAGUGUGGUAUUAAAUGAAUGCAAGAACUACUUUUUACUGUUGUAAUGUAAAAGUGUAUGCAUAGUGCUUAAGCUGAAGGCUUUUUGGUGGUCUUUUUAAUGUCUUCUCCAUUAUUUUGGUUGUUUUCUGUGACUGAAUGUGACCAUAAAUGUACUCCCUCCCUCAUUGUAAGGAUAGGAAAUAGUAUCUGUAUCUGAAGCAGAUUUGUGGGAAACGUCUUGCAUGAGCACCAUUAAUGUCGCCUCGCUCACUUGAGUGACCCGAUGCUGACUGUGCGACAGAUUUGUGGCAAGGUCUUUGGCUUUUCUCCAUGUUCUCCUAGCUGUGUUUAUUUUAUAUUUUUAUUUUAAGCUCAGCUUUUUAGCACAGCCCCUGAGUAGUUCUUCAGUUUCGAUAGACUUUCAAGUGUCAACUGUGUUUCUCUUUUAUUUGGGAAGCUAGCCAAGCACUACAGGUUUCACCCUCAAGCUGAGCGUAUACAGUAAACCGUACAAAGAGUGGAAGAAUGUCAACUUAUAAUGUAAAAAGGAUCCCUUCUUCUCCUUGAUGUCUUUACCUCAUUUUAAUCCCUUUUUUUUCCUACUCUAAAAUUCUCUUGUGAUGACAAAGUCUUCCUCCACGUACUUAGAGGGUGAAAGUAGGUUUAAAGAAUUUUUUCAGAAUUCAGCACAUAUCACUUAAGUUAUUAUAACCCAUGUCCAUAUCUUACUCCUCACAUUCAGUUUGGUUGAAAAACAAUUGUUUACAUUGCGUUUGUACCAUAGCACAGAUGACUUUAGUGGUCACUUUCAUUACGUACAUGGCUUUUUUUCUUUUGCUGUUUUUUUUUUUUUUAAACCCUUAUUUUUGUUAGCAUUUAAACUUCAUCCCCAGAAACACUCAGAACACCUGAUUGACAUUGAAAGUAAUGGAUCUGUAAUGUUGUCUUCGGAAAAGGUGCAGAACAAACAAGCCUUGUACAGUUUGAGAACUUGUUUUUACUUGUAAAAUGCUUUUGGAUACCUUUUUUUUUUUCUCUUUUAGUUUCUCUUCUCUAACUUGUCUGGCGACUCUUUAGCCGAGCUGUGUCACAUGACCUCAAUGCGCCGUGUGGCAGCAGGCUCAAUACUGUGAAACUGGAGGCGCUGUAGAUAGCAUGCAAGAGGUUUUUAUUGUAAAUUGUUUAUUUCUGUAUAGAUCAAAGGUGAAGAGUACAAAUGACAAAACACCUUUUACACUUCUGUGAGUGCUAUGUGUCAUUUCAGCUGUGGCUGGAAAACUGAAAACUUCUUUUGUUGGCUUUGGACCUGUUUAGAUUUUUUUGUGUAGAGGUGGCAAACAGCACAUCUGAGACUAAAGAACAAGGAAUGUGGUUGUGAGAUAUGAGCCUUUUAAAUCAUUUAAAAAAUAGUAAAUCCCUUCUAAUUCUUAGCUGUUAGGGUUUACCCAUGAAUUUUUUUGGUUCAAGUGUUACAGAGAGUAAUUGCCAUUGAAGUUUUCAAACUGCUACAUGGUGAAAAGAUUGCCAAGACUGAAAUCUAUGUAUUUUUCUGUAGAGGGUUUCAGUCAUUGCAAAAAAAUUCAUAUAAAUUACAAAUUAAAGCCAGAUCAAUGUUUGUGUUUUUACAUAUGUGGUAAACUCAUCAUUAAGCUCGUUUGAGAUAAUUCUGUGUAGUUUAAUUUCAGUCAUGUUUACUUUCCUAUCAAAUACUGUUUAAUGCAGUAGUUCAAGACACAGGCAAGUCUACAUGUUAACUAUAAAUAUGGUAAAGAAAUAACAGCUCUGAUGUGAAACCCCUUACAGAAAAUUGUAUUGAGAACUGAAGCUUCAUGAAAAAUGUCAGAGAAAAAGCAGCAGAGCAGCAUGUUCAGCGCUGAUGAUAGAAAUGUGUUCCUGCUUGGUGAACCGGGUCGAUGGUCUCCUGCCUGAGACUUUGAGCGGGUUUUAUUGUGCAUUGGCAGGGUGUGGUUGCUAAAGUCUUGCUUUAUGAUUCCGUACCUGGCAAUAGAUUUGUCUAUUUGACCAUUUAUGUAAAUGUGCUAUUAUCUUAAAAGAAGUCAGUAAUUAGCUGAGAUUGAAUUUGUUCAUUUGGUUCAGUUUUAAUGAUGGGUACUGUCAAAAUGAAUGUGAGGAGGAUUUCCAUAAGUAAUAGCCAACAAUGUAAUUAUUAAUGACCUUUGUUUCUAACCAUCACCUAACGCAGCUGUCUGUGAUGAGCUAAUGCCUUGUAUAUAGGUAGAACAACCUUAAAACUAGAAGAAGCACUUUGGCUGUGGAUAAUUAGAAUUACUGUUCCUUAGUUGGGAAAUUUCAGACUGUUCUGAUCAGAGGUAAUGAAGUCUUUAAAUACAGAACUGAUAAAUUCCACAUUGGCAAUUAUGGCAUAAAAUAUCCACUUCAUUUUCAAGAGCUCUAUUUUAUGCUGAAGCAAAAUAAGAGCAUGUUUGUUACACAACAGAAUCUUGAAAUGACAUCACUCCCUUCGAAGUUUGAAGCUUGUUUGCUGUGCCAGUGAAACAGCUCCAUCUUGUGGCUAUGGCAGAAGUAUUAAAAGCACAUCUCAACAGCUGAGGCUUGUAAACAUUCAGUUUCCUGUAUCAGCUGAAUGACUGCACAAAAUUUUUCUAUCUAGUUAAAUCGGGAAAACAAAAAAUGUGUUCACUUCCAGCUACAGAGUUCAGCCUGGAAGUUACAUACUUGUAAACAUUUUGUGUUUUUGUGUCACUGGAAUAUGGUUUUCCUCUUUUGUCAUUUGGGACUGUGGAAUAAAACAAGAGCAAGACUGAAGAUUGUAAUAUAAAUGUGCCAACAAAUAAACACCAGUAUUUCAAUUUC